CUAACGAAACAACUGUUUAAUCGUGGCACAGUGUCCAUUUUCUCGCAACGGCGCAGCCGUCGACACGGGAGGAUGCUGCGCCGGCGCCACCACCUCGCCGCCGUCCUCCGCCUCCUCUCCACUUCCUGCCGCCACACCCACAUCGCGCAGCCGCGGCAGCACCCGAAUCGCCCCCCCUCCCCCCCGCCGCCGGUGGCGAAGAAGGUCCCCUUCACGGUGUCUGCGCACGGGAGGUCGUGGAGCGACCUCUACCACUGGAUGCGCGACACCUCCGACCCCGGCCUCGCGGCGCUCCUCCGCGCGGAGAACGCAUACGCGGACGCCUUCGUCGACUCGGCCGGCGGGGGCGGCCUCCGCGCGCGCCUCGCGGCCGAGAUGCGCGCGCGGCUGCCCCCUUCCGCCGCCUCCCCGCCUCAGCCCUGGGGCCCUUGGUUAUAUUACCAACAUGUUCCGGAGGGUAAGGAAUACCCAGUAUUAUCCAGAAGAUUGAGGUCUUGUGGUGGUCUAGCAAGAGCAGCCCUUGAUUUAAUUUCCGGUUUGAAAAAGGAGCAGGUGUUGCUCGAUUGGAACGAGAUUGCAGAAAAAUAUGGUUAUGUGCACAUCGGGAGUUGUCGAAUGUCUCCUGAUCAUAAGUACCUUGCAUAUACUUUUGAUACAUCUGGGGAUGAAUUCUUUUCCUUAGAAGUGAACGAUAUUCAAUCAACAAAUACCAUUUUUAGCUCACCCCACAAGGGAAUUGUUAGCUUGGCUUGGUCUUGCAACAGUGAUAACUUAUUUUACACAGUCUGUGAUGAGACUCUACGUCCUAAUCAGGUUUUCUGUAAAAAUGUGCAAUCAGAAGAGGCAGGUUUUUUGGUUUUCAUGGAGAAAGAUAUAAACUGUUGUGUGGACAUCACAAGCACAAAAGAUUUCAAGUAUGUUACUGUCAAUUCGAACACUAGGACAUCAUCUGAGGUGUAUGUGAUGGAGUCUGGCUAUGCAAGAGGUGGCUUAUGGCCUGUACAGAAACGCGCUGACAAAGUGCAGUACUUUCUGGAGCAUCAUAAUGGGUUUUUCUACAUCCUUACUAAUGCACCCUUAGAAGGUGCUGAAGCAGCAGCUGGUGGCUACUACCUGGCCAGGUGCAGGGCUGAAAGGUCAAUGAUGGAUAAAUGGCAGGUUUUUGCACUCCCUGGCUCGGAUUAUGCCUUUCAGGAUAUGGACAUCUUUCACGAACAUUUAGUCCUAUUUCUUCGAAAAAAGGGACUUCCUCUUUUUUGCUCCAUCAAUAUGCCAACUGAUGUUGACUUUCUGGAGCGAAAGGAACUUGAUGAUCUUGAUCCAUGGUUUUUCCCAGUACCAUCAGAUUUAUGCAGCAUUGUUCCUGGACCCAACAAUGAUUUCAUGUCAUCUACUUAUCGCCUUGUCGUGUCAUCGCCAGUGCUUCCAGACUUAACAGUGGACUAUAACAUGGGAAUGAAAGCAUUUGCCAUCCUUCACCAAGAGGAAGUAACUGACCUUACCUCAAAUCAAUGCACAGUUGGGCUGGAAUCCAAUAUCACAGGCAUCCAACAAAGCCUUCAGCUUAUUGAAGACUCACAGAGUUGGAGUGAUCUAUCCAAGCUAUUUUCUUGUGAAAGGAUCCAUGUUCUUUCACAUGAUGGUGUCUCAGUACCUUUAGUGAUCCUGUAUUCACGGGAAGCGCAUCGUCAUGGAGAAUCACCUGGCAUCUUGUAUGGAUAUGGAGCUUAUGGAGAAGAUCUGGACAAGAGUUGGUGUUCUGAUAGGUUAAGUCUACUUGCUCGAGGUUGGGUCAUUGCAUUUGCAGAUGUUAGGGGUGGUGGGGAUUCAUCGUGGCAUCUGGCAGGCACCAAAGCUAACAAGAUGAAUUCUAUCAAAGACUUUGCUGCGUGUGGUAUGCAUCUCAUCAAGGAAGGAUUUGUUCACAAAAAUAGACUUUGUGCUGUAGGUUGCAGUGCUGGUGGUUUGUUGGUUGGUGCAGCUAUUAAUAUGCUACCGGAUUUAUUUUCUGCUGCAGUUCUAAAGGUCCCUUUUCUUGAUAUCUGCAAUACAAUGAUGGAUUCUACUUUACCUCUAACUGUCUUGGAUUAUGAAGAAUUUGGUGACCCUAAUAUCUCUGCCGAAUUUGAUGCUAUCCGUAGUUAUUCUCCUUAUGACAAUUUAACUCCUGGCUUAUGCUACCCACCGGUUCUGGUAACUGCCUCAUUUAAUGAUACAAGGGUGGGAGUCUGGGAAGCUGCUAAAUGGGUUUCAAAAGUGAGAGAUAUUACAUGCCAGUCCUGUUCCUGGUCUAUCAUUCUCAAAACUAAUAUGCAAAGUGGUCAUUUUGGUGAGGGUGGACGUUUCAUGCAUUGCGAUGAGACAGCUUUUGAGUAUGCAUUUCUCAUGAAAGCCUUGGGGUUGGAUGGCAAUGACACAGCUGCAAAAUAACGGGGUAGUUUUCAGGGCUUUCGACGCUGCAAGAGUUCGUGUGAGUUUGACACGAUAGCAGAAACUGGUUACAUUGUGACUGUUAGUUGUUUCUUUUCUGAGAGGAGCAGAUUGUUGUUAUCUUGUGCUGUGGUGUUUCCUUAAAACAGGAGAUCAACUGCUCCGUCUAUCAAAGGUCAUGCUUGUUGAUGCUGAUGGUGCUAAAUACAGAGCUAUUUGAGCCCAUUACAAAAGUAGAGCGUGGACAUCACUUUUGACUUCUGCCUGACGUAUCUGGUCAGUGUAUGUUGCUUUCUUAUUUUUUGCUUGUAACCAUCUUUUAAGAACUUUGAGGCAUGACCAGAUUGCAUCCAUGUGACAUUCAUAUGCACAUUUUUUUGGGGGUCUCUUGUGACCGUUUUUGUCCACAUCUGCAAGAUACACAUGGCCAAUACAACUACAUAAUAGCUUAAUAUGAGUCAUAUGACUUGUUAAAACUUACUGGUCACAUUUUGUGAUCUUAUCCACCCAGUUUUCUAUAGUGAUGUACAUUAUUAAGGCUUGUAGUGCAUGGUGCACUUACCAGUAAUUACUUGCUGUGUAUGGAUCUGUGAUAUAAACAACUACAAGUCCCAAGGUUCAAAUCA